AUGAUAUCAAUCAAUGACCCGCUGUGUGGUCCUUGUCAAAGUCAGUGUUCACCAUCUGUAUCUCAAUCACGUCCGCCGUGCAGCCAUAUUGCAAUGAAUCUCUGUCUCCAUCUUGAUAGACUGCCGUCGUACUUCCACGUUGACCAUGAACCUUUGUCACCAUCUAUGCUGCUAGGUUGUCCAAUGCCAAGCUGUCCACAGCCCAGAACCUCCGUCUCCAACUUGACUGACUGCCGACGUGCUCCCACGUUGACCACAGCCACGAACCUCUAUCUCCAUCUGUACAGUCGUCCACCAUGUUGCCAAGUUGUCCAGAACCUCUGUCUCUGC